AUGAACCCGAAGCAUCGCCCUUUCUGCUGUAGCGUGAAGGGCUGCGUGAAGCUGCUGCGGCUGGCACUAACUGGGACAUCUAUGACCUUUUUUAUCCUCUCACAAGCCCCUGAGCCAUACAUUGUUAUCACUGGAUUUGAAGUCACCAUUACUUUCGCUUUCAUAGUUUUAUAUAUGAUCAGACUUGACCGCAGAGUUACCUUUUUAUUUUGGCCUUUGCUUGAUAUUAUCAACUCACUGGUAGCAGCAAUGUUCAUGAUCAUCAUAGCUGUGUUGGCACUGAUACCAGAAACCACGCUAUUUACAGUCCUUGGAGGGGUGUUCUGCCUCCUGGCGGUGGUGUGCUGCCUCGCCGACGCGGCUCUCAUUUACCGGAAGCUCCUCUUCAAUCCUAGCGGUCCUUAUCAGAAAAAAGCUAUUCACGACAAAAUAUAA